CGUUGCCAAGGAGCUCGUCUCUAGGAGCCCUCUAAGCCCGAGUGCCUCCUGGGGGGGUGGGGAAACGGUUUCCUGAGGAGAAUUUGAGGUAACCUCGCCAAUUCGCGGUCGGAAAUUCCCCUGAACCCGAAAUAGGAGAGAGCUCCUGUCCCCUCUUGGUUCUGGUGCAGCACCUCGCAGGUGGAAGGAGUCGUCGCGGUUAAGCCCCCAGUUAGGGGAUCCUGCCCUUGCUGGGCUUAGUGCGGAUCCAGGCAGUUUCCUGGCUGGAUGAACAGUCCAGGGGCCCAGGGCAGCCCCCGCGAGAGGCCUGGUCAGGUGUGGGGUCCCCUGUCCUCUGUCCCGAGCCUGGGGUGGGGGACACUAUUUCUGGGACUCCCAGGAGGCUGCGGGUCGACGCUUGUGCCAGUCUGGGACCCGGGCAGCACGGUUUCUGUCCCAAAUUGUGCCAGAGAACACGCACGUCCUGGUUUUCAUUGCUCCCCGCCCCUUGCGGCUCGUUUGUGGGUGAAAUUAUAAGACCUAAUUAUGAGUGAUCAAAUUAAAUUCAUUGUGGACAGUCUCAAUAAGGAGCCUUUUAGGAAGAACUAUAAUUUAAUCACGUUUGAUUCCUUGGAGCCAAUGCAACUAUUACAAGUUCUCAGUGAUGUUCUGGCUGAGAUUGACCCAAAGCAACUUGUGGAUAUCAGAGAGGAGAUGCCAGAGCAAACAGCCAAACGAAUGUUGAACCUUCUUGGUAUUCUUAAAUACAAACCUUCAGGAAAUGCCACAGACAUGAGUACUUUUCGUCAGGGUUUGGUGAUUGGAAGUAAACCUGUAAUUUACCCAGUGCUCCACUGGCUUCUUCAGAGGCCUAAUGAACUGAAGAAAAGAGCGUAUUUAGCUCGUUUUUUAAUAAAACUUGAGGUACCAACUGAGUUUCUUCAGGAUGAAACCGUGGCUGACACCAAUAAACAGUAUGAAGAGUUAAUGGAAACCUUUAAAACUUUGCAUAAAGAAUAUGAGCAGCUCAAGACAUCUGGAUUUUCUACAGCAGAAAUAAGAAAGGAUAUCAGUGCAAUGGAAGAAGAAAAGGAUCAGCUCAUUAAGAGAGUUGAACAUUUGAAGAAAAGGGUGGAGACAGCUCAGAAUCAUCAAUGGAUGCUUAAAAUAGCACGGCAAUUUCGAGUUGAAAAAGAGAGAGAAGAAUAUCUUGCACAACAGAAACAGGAACAAAAGAAUCAGCUAUUUCAUGCAGUGCAGAGAUUGCAAAGAGUACAAAACCAACUGAAAGGCAUGCGCCAAACUGCAGCAGAUGCAAAGCCUGAAAGUUUAAUGAAGAGGCUAGAGGAGGAGAUAAAAUUUAAUUUAUAUAUGGUAACUGAAAAAUUUCCUAAAGAAAUAGAAAACAAGAAAAAGGAAUUACAUUUUUUACAAAAAGUAGUUUCUGAGCCAGCUAUGGGCCAUUCUGAUCUUCUUGAACUUGAAUCUAAAAUAAAUGAAAUAAACACAGAAGUUAACCAGUUGAUUGAAAAGAAAGUGAUGAGAAAUGAGCCCAUUGAAGGCAAACUCUCACUGUAUAGGCAACAGGCAUCUAUCAUUUCCCGUAAAAAAGAAGCCAAAGCUGAGGAACUUCAGGAGGCCAAGGAGAAGUUAGCCAGCCUAGAGAGAGAAGCAUCAGUAAAGAGAAAUCAGACUCGUGAAUUUGAUGGUACUGAGGUUUUAAAGGGAGAUGAGUUCAAACGAUAUGUCAAUAAACUUCGAAGCAAGAGUACAGUUUUCAAAAAGAAGCAUCAGAUAAUAGCUGAACUUAAAGCUGAAUUUGGUCUUUUGCAGAGGACUGAAGAACUUCUUAAGCAACGUCAUGAAAAUAUUCAACAACAACUGGAAACUAUGGAGGAGAAAAAGGGUGUAUCUGGAUAUAGCUACACCCAAGAAGAGCUAGAAAGAGUAUCUGCACUGAAGAGUGAAGUUGAUGAAAUGAAAGGACGAACAUUGGAUGACAUGUCUGAAAUGGUGAAAAAACUGAAUUCACUGGUAUCUGAAAAGAAGUCAGCUCUUGUCUCAGUUAUAAAAGAGCUACGACAGUUGCGUCAGAAAUGUCAAGAACUAACCCAGGAGUGUGAUGAAAAGAAAUCCCAGUAUGAUAGCUGUGCAGCAGGCCUCGAAAGCAAUCGGUCCAAAUUAGAACAGGAAGUUAGAAGACUCCGUGAAGAAUGUCUUCAAGAAGAAAGUAGAUACCAUUAUACAAAUUGUAUGAUUAAGAACCUAGAAGUUCAACUUCGUCGUGCUACUAAUGAGAUGAAGGCAUACAUCUCUUCUGAUCAAGAAGAAAAAAGAAAGGCAAUUAGGCAAGUAAUUUUGUUUUUAUAUUGAGAUACUUCAUAUUUU